GGCGCGCGUGCAUAGCCCGCUCCCGGGCCAUGGCUAGCUGGGCCGGGGCCGUGCUCUCGGUGCUGAACCCGCUGCGCACACUGUGGCUGGCGCUGGCCGCCGCCUUCCUGCUCGCACUGCUCCUGCAGCUGGCACCCGCCGGACUGCUGCCGAGCUGCGCGCUCUUCCAGGACCUCAUCCGCUACGGGAAGACCAAGCUGCCCGGCCCGCGGCGCCCCGCCGUCUGCAGGGCCUUCGACGUCCCCAAGAGGUAUUUUUCUCACUUUUAUAUCGUCUCGGUGUUGUGGAAUGGCUUCCUGCUCUGGUUCCUUUCCCAGUCUCUCUUCCUGGGAGCACCUUUUCCAAACUGGCUUCGUGCUUUGCUCAGAACUCUUGGGGCCACACACUUCCGAGCACUGGAGAUGGAGUCCAAGGCUUCCCAAAUGAUAGUGGGUCAGCUGGCUCUGUCUGCCUUCUUGGUGCUGACGUCCCUCUGGGUCCAUAGCCUUCGGAGGCUCUUCGAGUGUUUCUACAUCAGCGUGUUCUCUAACGCCGUGAUUCACAUCGUGCAGUACUGUUUCGGGCUUGUCUACUAUGUCCUAGUUGGCCUAACUGUACUGAGCCAAGUGCCCAUGGACGACAAGAGUGUCUAUGUGCUGGGGAAGAAUCUGCUGGCACAAGCUCGGUGGUUCCACGUCCUUGGAAUGCUGAUGUUUCUCUGGUCAUCUGCCCAUCAGUAUGAGUGCCAUGUCAUUCUCAGCAACCUCAGGAGAAACAAAAAAGGUGUGAUAGUUCACUGCCAGCACAGGAUCCCCUUCGGAGACUGGUUCGAAUACGUGUCUUCGGCUAACUACCUAGCAGAGCUGAUGAUCUACUUCUCCAUGGCUGUCACCUUUGGGUUCCACAAUUUAACUUGGUGGCUGGUGGUGACGUACGUCUUCUUCAGCCAAGCCUUGUCCGCCUUCUUUAACCACAAAUUCUACAAGAGCACAUUCGUCUCCUACCCAAAGCAUAGGAAAGCGUUCCUCCCAUUUUUGUUUUAAGGCAGCCUUUCUUUAGAGGAGUGCAAGCCAGGUGACAGAUUCCAUUCCUGUAGACACAGAGACAGCAACGGGAGCAGACAUGCAGCAGGGAUGUUGGACAUUCCGUUCUACUGUAAUGCUGCAGUGUUCACUGGGCGAGGCAGAUGCUCUUGGAGAAGACAUUCCUGGCAGACCUGGGCCUGAGGAAUCUGCUUUCUGCCGAGCUUUACAGAGACAAGGGAAAACCAGUAAAUGGGCAUCUCCAAGCUGAUCUGUGGUCACACUAACCAGGCAUAUAAAUAGCUUUGCAUGCAUACAUGCAUGCUUGAGUCAGUCCUGUCAUGCCCUCCAACCCCCUUCUCUCUCUCUCUCUUUCCCUCUCUCCCUCUCUCUCUCUCUCUCUCCCUCUCUCUCUCUCUCUCUCUCUCUCUCUCUCUCUCUCUCUCUCUCUCUCUCUCUCUCUCUUUCUCUCGUGCAGGAAGAAAAAUGACCCUCUGUGUCUGGGAACAGUGAGCUGGACUGAGUACUGUGGGCUAGCACAGUUUUUUUAAAUACAUGUUACAGGUCAAUAAAAACAGAAACCUCUGAAAAUAAUAUGAAUGUAUAAUUGAAUGUAUAAUAUCACACCAGUGGUUCCAAUGAAGAAAGAAGUUUGUUGGCAUUAAUUAAUAUUCCAAAUUUAUCACCAAUAUCUUGUUACAUAACUAUUGCCUUGCCUGCCCGGCAAACCAGCCUAACAAUAAGUUUGGGAACUGUUCUUGAUUGAAUUCUCUUUUUGACAUUUGUACUGAAAAGAUCAGGAAAUAAAAUAUUUUUAUACUUAUGAAUACA